AUGAUAAAACAUGUGGAAGCGCAUCAUGGAGAUGAUUUGAAGAAAAUGCAACAAUUCAAAAAGAAAGAAGGAUGUGACGAAAGAUCCAGCCUCUCAGAAGCCACAGAUAAAUUUUUGCUGAGUCUAUGUACGAGCAACGUCCCGUUCAAUAUUGUGAAAAACGAGUAUUUUCGAAAUUUUAUUCAUCGAUUAAACCCCGAUUAUCAGCUUUUGACGACCGAUGGCAUCCGUCGAAAAUUGGCCACUACUGCUAUUGUCGGAAUAAAAAAAGCGAUCCAAAAUUCUGAAAAUUCUGAGUCGAAUUCCUCUGCCGUUUUCUCCGACAAGAUGGGGAGGAUCGGUUCUGUUGGCUCAAGCCUAUUUCAAUCACGUGCAACCCAUCAGAAAGAAAUCGUUCGCGUUUUGAAAUCAGAAACGGCGUCAAGAUUUGAUGCAUUGUUAGGCAACGAAUUGGCGACUUUUGCGCUCUAUUGUGAUCCGAGAUUUUCGUACUUGCCAGGAAUUUUGAAAAACAUCACAUGGUCAAACAUCGAAAACGAAGUAGAAACAUAUUCUGGUUCUAUCCGAGUUGUGACCACCGAUGCAAAUGGAGCCAGCCACGUAGCGCCUCCUGCACCAAAAAAAGUGAAAGAUGACGGAUCGUUUUUCUCAAGAUUUUUCAGCUCGAGACGCGAUGUUGCCACAACAGAUUCUACUAGAUCUGAAGUUGUCUCGUACCAAUCCAUGAUUCAAUCGUCACGUCCUCCAACAUCAUCGGACCCGUUGCACUUUUGGGCUCUAAAUGCAGAGAAAUUCCCAAAUUUGAGUGUUCUAGCCAAUCAUUCACUUGCUUCUCCAUCGUCGGCUGCUCCCGUGGAACGGCUAUUCAGCCAAUGCGGCCACAUGAUAAGUUCGCCGCGCAGAAAUCGAUUACUGCCAGCGACUUUGAAUAAUAUGAUAUUAUGCGCAGCUUUAGCUGACCUUGCAAAAGGUCUUCGAGAUGAUGAUGAUUCGGAAGAAUCCAGCGAAGAGAACAUAGACGAUGAGGAUGAUGGCAACAACAACAAUUCAUUCAAUCCAGCCAAUACUGCCAGUUAUUCUUCGGCCGUUCAAAGCGUCCCUCCACCCAUUCCAAUCAAUUCAUUUAGUUCUCCGCCCGUUUUGAGCGCCUCUCCGCAACCCUUGAUCAACUCCCAUAGUUCUCCUUCGUCCGUUCCUAGUGCCUCUCCUAUCUCUCCCAUCAGUCCACCUAGCCCAAACAAUUCAUAA